CGGUGUGUGUAUGUCCAUGAGGCGGGCGGAGAGCGCUACUCUAACGGACUGAGGAAGAAAAAAAGAGACCCGUGGCCAUGGCUGGCGUGUUUGACAUCGAUCUGGAUCAGCCUGAGGAAAAUGUGUCAGACGAUGAUCUUGAGGAGGCUCAGGUCAGUGAGUACAUGGACCAGUGCAGUGGGUUUGAAUUUAACAUGGAGGGCUGUGAAAAGUUUGAAAUAUCGGAAGACAGCGUGAACAAAGGAACAGAGAACAUUCGGCCCGAGUGUUUCGAGCUGCUGCGGGUGUUGGGCAAAGGAGGAUAUGGGAAGGUCUUCCAGGUUCGAAAAGUCACUGGUGCCGCUUCAGGAAAGAUAUUUGCCAUGAAGGUCCUGAAGAAGGCCAUGAUUGUGCGAAAUGCAAAGGACACGGCCCACACCAAGGCCGAGAGGAACAUCCUCGAGGAGGUGAAGCACCCUUUCAUCGUCGAUCUCAUCUACGCCUUCCAGACCGGGGGCAAGCUGUACCUCAUCCUGGAGUACCUAAGCGGUGGAGAGCUGUUUAUGCAACUGGAAAGAGAAGGGAUUUUCAUGGAAGACACAGCCUGCUUUUAUCUGGCAGAGAUCUCCAUGGCUCUGGGGCAUCUGCAUCAGAACGGCAUCAUCUACAGGGACCUGAAACCGGAGAACAUCAUGCUCAAUAGCCAAGGUCAUGUGAAGCUGACAGACUUUGGCUUGUGCAAAGAGUCGAUCCAUGAUGGCACCGUCACUCACACUUUCUGUGGUACCAUAGAGUACAUGGCACCAGAGAUCCUGAUGAGAAGUGGACACAACCGCGCUGUUGACUGGUGGAGUCUUGGGGCCUUAAUGUACGACAUGCUGACUGGAGCACCGCCAUUCACUGGUGAGAACAGGAAGAAGACCAUUGACAAAAUCUUAAAAUGUAAGCUGAACCUUCCACCCUACCUCACACAAGAAGCCAGGGACCUUCUAAAGAAGCUGCUUAAAAGAAACGCCUCCUCACGGCUUGGGGGAGGACCGGGAGACGCCACAGAGGUGCAGACACAUCCCUUUUUCCGACACAUUAACUGGGAGGAUCUCUUGGCCAGGAAGGUGGAGCCUCCAUUUAAACCAUUUCUGCAAUCCGCAGACGACGUGAGCCAAUUCGACUCAAAGUUCACCAGCCAGACCCCUGUAGACAGCCCUGAUGACUCCACCCUCAGUGAAAGUGCCAACCAAGUCUUCCUGGGGUUCACAUAUGUGGCUCCAUCCGUGUUGGAAAACGUUAAGGAGAAGUUCUCGUUUGAGCCAAAAAUCCGGUCACCCAGACGUUUCUUGGGAAGCCCAAGAACACCAGUCAGUCCAGUAAAGUUCUCGGGCGGGGACUGCUGGCCCCGGGGCCCCACGCUGCCCAGAGUGUUGCCUCUUCAGUCACCCGCGGAGCAGGCCAUGGAGGUUACCCCGGCCGAGCUGAUGGACGUCACCGCCAGCGCCGAGGCCUCUGCCCCCCUUCCCAUCAGGCCCCCUGCGGGAGCCAGCACGGGACCCUUCAAAACGCAGGCCUACCCCAUGAUGUCCAAGCGGCCAGAGCAUCUCCGAAUGAACCUAUGACCUCCAGCUCAACCAAGAGUUUUUUCUUUUUUUUUUCUCUGGGGUUAUAUGUUUUUAA